GAAAAAGAGAGAAGUAGAGAGGCAUUAUCCCUUACGACGAGGAAGCCGUCGUUUUGAGGGUUUUUAUUUUCUUGGCACACCGUUUCCUUUCAAUCUCCCGAGAUCUUCUUCAAAGGCUCCCUAUUCUUGAUCCGGCGUCGUUUUGAUUCAUUCAUUCAAAGUUCAUCUCUGUUCCGCGCUGUUUUCAGGUGAGUGUUGAUGCUGAUGGACGUUAUAACGAAUCCUGGUCCACUCAAGGACAUUGUCCUUUAUGAUCAAGAGAAACAUGUCUCCUCUGCUGUCUGGGAUGGCCAGGAGCGAGGUGCGUUGAGGUGUCACGAGCACACUUCCAAGUUAAGCGAGUGGAAGCUCAACUCAAAACAGAUUGAGUUAGUGGAGAGAGCCGGUUUCGGGUACUUGAGACGUAUCCCCGCCAUUAGUCUCGACAACCCUCUCAUCUCCGCCUUGGUGGAGCGGUGGAGGAGAGAGACCAACACUUUCCACUUCACCGUCGGUGAAAUGACCGUGACUCUCGAGGACAUCGCCCUCUUACUCGGGCUAGGGAUCGACGGCAAGCCUGUGAUCGGAUUCACGUACACGACUUGUUCUUCGGUUUGUGAGAGGUACUUAGGCCAGGCACCUGAUUCUACUUACGCUAGCGGCGGGAUGGUGAAGCUCAGCUGGUUGAAAGAGACUUUCUCCUUCUGUCCUGACGACGCUUCUUUCGAAGAAGUUGAGAGGCGUACGAGGGCUUACCUCUUGUACUUGGUAGGGAGCACCAUCUUCUCUACGACAACUGGGAACAAGGUGCCUGUUAUGUAUCUCCCGCUGUUCGAGGAUUUUGAUGAUGCGGGAACGUUUGCUUGGGGUGCAGCUGCUUUGGCUUUCUUGUAUAGAGCGCUUGGGAAUGCUUCUGUUAAAUCCCAAAGCACCAUUUGUGGUUGCUUGACGCUCUUACAGUGUUGGAGUUACUAUCACUUGAACAUUGGACGGCCAAAGCUGAACCGUGAGCCAGUCCAUGAUCAUUUCCCGUUUGUGCUUAGGUGGAAGGGUAAACAAAACGGUCCAACAGCAAACCGUGAUGUGAUCUUUUACCGGAAAGCACUGGACGUCUUGAAGCCAUCUGAUGUGGAGUGGCUACCGUAUGAAAACAUGGACGGUAGAUACAUACCAGAACACAUAAGAAACUCUCUGCAGUUAGGUAGAUCGAGGACGAUGCUGAUAUCUUUCGACAAGGCGGAGAGACACCUACCUGAUCGCUGUCUGAAACAGUUUGGUUUGUUCCAAGGCAUCCCGGAGGAUGUGCACAAGUGGGUAAGAAAGUCCCGUGGAGUCGACGGAGGUGUGAACUUUUCAAGUAAAAUGGAAGCAGAGCUAAACGAAUGGGAGAUGCGUUGGGACAAUAUAGUGCCUGAUGACGUUCUUGGUGUUGAUGAAGCGGACUACAUGAGGUGGUAUCUAGGAAUCACCCGCAAAGUUGUGGGAAGACCAAUCUCUCUCUCAAGCGAGUUUCAAAGAACGAUUGCAAAUGUGAGGGAUAUAUUGGAGCUGGCUGAGAAUUUUCCAACGCAUGAUUUGGACCUUGAAAGAGGGAACAUGAUGGCAAGGAUCAUCAGCCUUGCGCAAGAUUGUCUGAGAGAUCAAGUGGGAGUAACGCCAACGGAGAGCCAGCAGCAGAUAGAGCUUGGGAAGAGGAUGAGAGGUAAAGAGAGGGUGAGAAGGAAAGGGAUGGGGAAGAGAAGGAAAGGUAUUGAUCCAAUGGAAGACUACGGAGGUAGUGAAGAUGAAUCACAGUUUGGAGGACCUGUCCUUGAGGUUGAUCAGUUGCAUUUACCACUUACCCAUCAUGGGAACUCGGUGUACGAUGGAACACAUAUGUACGAUCCUGUGACCAAAGUGGAUGACAUGGAGCUUUGCGACGAGAUACCUCAGUUGCCAGAGGCUCAAGACAUGAACAAGAUCGAUGGUGGGUCGUCAUCGCUGGAUGUUGUUGGUACAAGCAAUGCCAUGACCGGCGAGGAGAGCCUAGGGGAACUGCCUGAGAGCUAUGAUGUGAAGAGAGAAGAUAGAGAAUCAAAGGUAGAAGACAAUGAUGCAGCAAAGGAAAGUAAUGAAGAAAACGUGAACAGAGAGGAAGAAGAUGGAAUAGAUUUGGGGGAAAAUGUUGCAGAAUCGUCUUCACUUGGAAGAAGAGGAGAGAACUCUGUCGUGGCUUGACAAAGAAAGGCUGCAGAGAGGAAGUUGAAUUAGUUUUUCUGGUUUGUUUUGUUUAUUUAAACGUCUUUUUGUGGAAGCACUGUCUUUUUUUUUGUUAGAAGUAUGUUAAUUUUUUCUGUA